CAGCCGAGCGGCACCAGCGCAGCCUCUUCUCCUUUGCUCAAAGGCUCGCAAUGGACCCUUACAUGAUUCAGAUGAACAGCAAGAACAAUGUCCCCUCCGCCCUGGAUGGCAACACGGGUGGGAGAAGCUCCGCGCUGGGCAAAGCCAAGGGCAGGAAGGCCCGGUGGUCCGUGAAGCCCUCGGAGAUGGCCAACAAGACCUUCAACCCCAUCCGGGCCAUUGUGGAUACCAUGAAGGUCAAGCCAAACCCAAACAAAACCACAAUCUCCCUGUCCAUUGGGGACCCUACUGUGUUUGGAAACCUGCCCACAGACCCUGAAGUCAUCCAAGCCAUGAAGGAUGCCCUGGACUCGGGCAAAUACAAUGGCUAUGCCCCCUCCAUCGGGUACCUCUCCAGCCGGGAGGAGGUCGCAUCUUAUUACCACUGUCCCGAGGCGCCCCUGGAAGCCAAGGAUGUCAUUCUAACCAGCGGCUGUAGCCAGGCCAUUGAACUUUGUUUGACUGUGCUGGCCAACCCGGGCCAAAACAUCCUCAUUCCGAAACCCGGCUUCUCACUCUACAGGACCUUGGCUGAAUCUAUGGGAAUUGAGAUCAAGUGCUAUAGUUUAUUGCCCAACAAGUCUUGGGAGAUUGACCUGAAAGAACUGGAGUCCCUGAUUGAUGAUGACACAGCGUGUCUCGUGAUCAAUAACCCAUCAAACCCUUGCGGCUCAGUGUUCAGUAAAAGCCAUCUCCAGGACAUUCUGGAGGUGGCUGCCAGGCAGUGUGUCCCCAUCUUAGCUGAUGAGAUCUAUGGAGACAUGGUGAGCAGCGCGCGGAGUGGGUCGCCUUCUCUCACCGCUGGCCCGUCUCAGCACGUGCCCAUCCUGUCGUGCGGGGGGCUGGCCAAGCGCUGGGUGGUCCCCGGCUGGAGGCUCGGCUGGAUCCUCAUCCAUGACCGAAGAGGCAUCUUUGGCAACGAGAUCCGGGACGGGCUGGUGAAGCUGAGCCAGCGCAUCCUGGCCUGCACCAUCGUCCAGGGCGCCCUCAAGAGCAUCCUGCGCCGCACCCCUGCCGACUUCUACCAGGACAUCCUCGGCUUCCUCAAGUCCAACACUGACCUCUGCUACGGGGCAUUGGCUGCCAUCCCAGGCCUCCAGCCCGUGCGCCCCUCCGGGGCCAUGUACAUGAUGGUCGGAAUCGAGAUGGAAAAUUUCCCCGAAUUCGCCAACGACGUGCAGUUCACCGAGCGGUUACUGGCCGAGCAAUCUGUCCACUGCCUCCCAGCCACGUGCUUCGAGUACCCCAACUUCUUCCGGCUGGUCCUCACGGUCCCGGAAGUGAUGAUACUGGAGGCCUGUGGGCGCAUCCGGCAGUUCUGCGAGCAGCAUUACCAGGGCGCGGAGGGCGGCCACGAGGACUGCGACAAGUAGCGCCUUGUCCCCAGGACGUGUCCCCUGCUGGCGGGGUGGGUGGGUGGGGGCCGCUUCUCAGGGAACCAGACACCCCAGGUAGGACAGGGCCCCCACCCCCAACACUGUGCUUGGAAUUACUCCUGCAUCCCCUCACCCCAGCAACACUCACAGCCACGCUCUGAAUCCGCUUCUCCUCCACCCACUGCUGGAGGGGCUGGCACGUUCCUCGGUGCCCCCCACCCACCUCGAGGUCAGAGUUUACCAAGAGGAGUGAAACUAGAGCGUUCACAGCCCAAGGCCACAGCAACACCCAAAAGGCUGAGCACAGCUGGAGGUCUGGGUUUGAUCUCCUGUGCUUCGCGGUCUUCUGAGCCAGGCUGGGACUGACUCUUGAGCACAGAGCUAGGAGCAGCCUGUGAUGAGAACCACCGGGUGCAGCCCCCAAACCAAUCCCUCUCCCCUAAAAUUAAAAAAGAACAGGAAACCCUUCAGGACAACAGACACAAAAGAUUGUAAGCUCGACCUACACAGUCGCUGCUCUCAAUAUCUGCCCCGCUGAGAACAGGCGUCUCCAGCCAACUCCGAAGUCCCAGCGGAGGUCCCAGUGGAGGUCCCAGCGGAGGUCCCAGUGGAGGUCCGGCCUCUCUUCAGGGCGAGCUCGCUUGGUGCCACAAAGCCUCCUUUCAGCUUCCCCUCGCUUUAAGCAACAGUGACAUAAAAGAAGUUAGGGACACAUCAAUUUGGCCGUGUAUAUUCUUACCAAAUGCUUCAGGAAAUCUGAGAGGUCCCUUAGAAGAAUAUUUUUAUGGCUUGGCAUUGUACACAAUUAUUUGGUGAUGCAAAUAAAUAUGCUUGAAUUGACCGGCUUUCUACAUUUAGAUAUGCGUGUAUUAGGCUUUCUUAAUAUUAGGGGCUGUCAGCAGACUCCCUUCCAAGCUAAACUGCUGUGAGGGCCAGAGUGUCUUCCCUUGUCAUUGCUCUAGAAUCAUUAUUAAUGCUUUGGCUGUGAUGUUGAUGUUGAUUUAUUGAUAUAUAUUAUAUUA